CUCCAGCCCGCGCCGCGGACGGGAUCGCCCCGCCGCCGACCCGAGCGGCAGCCGGGAGCGGAGCGGGCGCGACGCGGAUCUGCAGAAGCCCCUCUUCUCUUCUUCCUCCUCCUCCUCCUCGCCCUCCGCCCGGCAGCAUGGCCCGGUGCGAAGCGGCGGCCGCCCCCGGGCUCUGCCUGCUGCUGCUGCUGCUGCUGCUCCGCAGUGGGGGGCUCUUCCCCCCCGCCGCCGCGCAGCCGCCGCCGCAGCGCGGGAGCGUGUGGUGCCCCAGCCGCUGCCUCUGCUUCCGCACCACGGUGCGCUGCAUGCAUCUGAUGCUGGAGAGCGUCCCCGCCGUGUCCCCGCAGACCACCAUCCUAGACCUAAGAUUUAAUAGGAUUAAAGAAAUCCAGCCUGGAGAGUUUAGACGGCUUAAAAACCUGAACACACUGCUUCUAAACAACAAUCAAAUCAAAAGAAUUCCUAGUGGGGCAUUUGAAGAUCUUGAAAAUCUGAAAUAUCUCUAUUUGUACAAGAAUGAAAUCCAGUCAAUUGACAGGCAAGCAUUUAAAGGACUUGCCUCUCUAGAACAACUGUAUCUGCACUUUAAUCAAAUAGAAACAUUGGAACCUGAAUCCUUUACUCAUCUUCCAAAACUUGAAAGGCUGUUUUUGCAUAACAACAGAAUAGCUCAUUUGAUUCCUGGAACAUUUAGCCACUUAGAAUCUAUGAAGAGACUGCGUUUGGACUCGAACGCUCUCCACUGCGACUGUGAGAUCCUGUGGCUGGCGGAGCUGCUGAAGGCGUACGCGGAGUCGGGUAACGCGCAGGCAGCAGCCACCUGUGAGUACCCUCGGAGGAUCCAGGGAAGAUCCGUGGCCACAAUAACACCAGAAGAAUUGAACUGCGAGAGGCCAAGAAUUACAUCAGAGCCUCAGGAUGUGGACGUUACCUCAGGGAAUACAGUGUACUUCACUUGCAGGGCUGAAGGCAAUCCUAAACCAGAAAUUAUCUGGCUUCGAAACAAUAAUGAGCUCAGUAUGAAAGAAGAUUCCCGUCUAAACUUGCUAGAUGAUGGCACGUUGAUGAUUCAAAAUACUCAAGAAACAGACCAAGGCAUUUACCAGUGCAUGGCAAAAAAUGUGGCUGGAGAAGUGAAAACUCAGGAAGUUACUCUUAGAUACUUUGAGUCACCAGCCAGGCCAAGUUUUGUGAUUCACCCACAAAAUACCGAAGUGCUGGUUGGAGAGAGCGUUACCUUGGAGUGCAGCGCAACCGGGCACCCUCAGCCGCGAAUUACGUGGACCAAAGGCGACAGAACCCCUCUACCAAAUGACCCUCGUGUCACCAUAACUCCGUCAGGAGGACUUUACAUCCAAAAUGUAAAGCAGGAGGACAGUGGAGAGUACACGUGCUUUGCAACUAACACCAUAGAUAACAUCCAUGCAACUGCAUACAUCAUAGUCCAAGCUCUACCUCAGUUUACUGUCACUCCACAAGACAAAACAGUGAUUGAGGGACAAACCGUUGACUUCCCUUGUGAGGCACAAGGUUAUCCCCAGCCUGUUAUUGCCUGGACUAAAGGAGGAGGCCAGUUGUCUGUUGACAGAAGACACUUAGUUCUAUCCUCCGGAACGCUGAGGAUUUCCAGGGUUGCUCUGCAUGACCAGGGACAGUAUGAAUGCCAGGCUGUCAACAUUAUUGGAUCCCAGCGCAUCGUUGUGUACCUGACUGUGCAGCCUAGAGUGACUCCUGUAUUUGCCAGUGUUCCCAGUGACAUGACAGUGGAGGUUGGCACAAACGUACAGAUCCCAUGUAGUGCUCAAGGAGAGCCGGAGCCAGUCAUUACAUGGAAUAAGGAUGGAGUGCAGGUAACUGAGAGUGGAAAAUUCCAUGUUAGCCCAGAGGGCUUUCUCACCAUCCGCGAUGUUGGCACAGCCGAUGAAGGUCGCUAUGAGUGCGUUGCCCGCAACACCAUAGGAUACUCCUCUGUUAGUAUGGUGCUUAGUGUGAAUGUUCCUAAUGUCAGCCGAAAUGGAGAUCCUUUUGUACAAACGUCAAUUGUGGAAGCAAUUGCAACUGUUGACAGAGCAAUAAAUUCAACACGUACACAUCUGUUUGACAGUCGUCCUCGUUCUCCAAAUGAUUUGCUAGCCUUAUUUCGAUACCCAAGGGACCCAUACACUGUUGAGCAAGCAAGAGCUGGGGAAAUAUUUGAAAGGACCUUACAGCUUAUUCAAGAUCAUGUACAAGAUGGUCUAAUGGUUGACCUGAAUGGAACAAGUUAUCACUAUAAUGACCUUGUAUCCCCACAGUACUUGAAUCUGAUAGCCAAUCUCUCAGGCUGUACAGCCCAUCGACGAGUGAACAACUGCUCCGAUAUGUGCUUCCACCAGAAGUACAGGACACACGAUGGAACAUGCAACAACCUUCAGCAUCCCAUGUGGGGUGCUUCUCUGACAGCUUUUGAACGUCUGUUGAAGUCAGUCUAUGAAAAUGGAUUUAAUUUGCCUCGGGGAAUUGAACCCAGGAGACUCUCUAAUGGCUACGCGCUCCCAAUGCCUCGCUUGGUUUCAACUACUCUGAUCGGCACGGAAACCGUAACUCCUGACGACCAGUACACUCACAUGCUCAUGCAGUGGGGCCAGUUUCUUGACCAUGACCUUGACCUCACCGUGGCUGCACUAAGCGAGGCCAGGUUUUCAGAUGGUCAGCAUUGCAGUUCUGUUUGUACAAAUGAUCCUCCAUGCUUUUCAAUCAUGAUACCACCAAACGAUCCCAGAGUUAGAAAUGGUGCACGCUGCAUGUUUUUUGUACGCUCCAGCCCAGUUUGUGGAAGUGGCAUGACAUCUCUGCUGAUGAAUUCUGUGUACCCACGAGAGCAGAUCAACCAGCUUACCUCAUACAUUGAUGCCUCCAAUGUGUACGGCAGUUCGGACCAUGAAGCACUAGAAAUCAGAGACUUGGCAAGUCAAAGGGGUCUUCUGAGGCAGGGCAUUGUACAGAGAUCUGGCAAGCCCCUUCUUCCAUUUGCCACUGGCCCACCAACAGAAUGCAUGAGAGAUGAAAAUGAGAGCCCAAUACCCUGCUUUUUAGCUGGUGAUCAGCGCUCUAAUGAACAGCUGGGUCUUACCAGCAUCCACACACUUUGGUUUAGAGAGCACAACAGAAUUGCCACAGAGCUACUGAAGCUCAAUCCUCACUGGGAUGGUGACACAAUAUAUCAUGAAACACGCAAAAUUGUUGGUGCAGAAAUGCAACACAUAACAUUUAGCCACUGGCUCCCUAAGAUCUUUGGAGAGGUAGGCAUGAAGAUGCUUGGCGAAUAUAAGGGUUAUGAUCCCAGUGUUAAUUCUGGCAUAACUAAUGAGUUUGCAACUGCCGCUUUUAGGUUUGGUCACACACUCAUUAAUCCUUUUCUGUAUCGACUGGAUGAAAACUUUGAACCUAUUCCACAAGGCCAUCUACCUCUUCACAAGGCAUUCUUCUCUCCAUUUCGGAUUGUAAAUGAAGGAGGCAUUGAUCCACUUCUAAGGGGAUUUUUUGGUGUUGCUGGUAAGAUGCGUGUCCCCUCACAAUUACUCAAUACAGAAUUAACAGAAAGACUCUUCUCCAUGGCACGUACUGUGGCUUUAGAUCUGGCAGCUAUGAAUAUUCAGAGAGGCAGAGAUCAUGGAAUUCCUCCCUACCAUGAUUUUAGAGUUUACUGUAAUCUUUCUUCAGCUCAGACUUUUGAAGAUCUGAAAAAUGAAAUUAAGAAUCCUGAAAUCAGGGAGAAACUUAGCAGGUUGUAUGGCUCCCCACUGAACAUAGAUCUCUUUCCUGCUCUAAUGGUGGAAGACUUGGUUCCAGGGAGUCGACUGGGGCCGACCUUGAUGUGUCUGUUAAGCACACAGUUCAGGCGUAUUCGGGAUGGAGACAGGUUAUGGUAUGAAAACCCGGGUGUGUUCACUCCUGCUCAGCUCACUCAGAUCAAGCAGACAUCUCUUGCCAGAGUUUUGUGUGACAAUGGUGACAACAUAACCAGGGUACAACAUGAUGUCUUUAGGGUGGCUGAAUUCCCACAUGGAUAUAGCAGCUGUGAAGAUAUUCCUAAACUGGACCUCAGGAUGUGGCAAGAUUGCUGUGAAGGAUUUGUUUAGCUGCAUGGAGCACAGGACACUGCUUGGUGGCCUGUAUGUUGGCUUCUGUCUCACAGAUUUUCUGCAUGGCCUCUCUUCAGCCAUCAUCACAUCAGAAUUCUCUGCAACUGUUACAAAGUUAGAAUCCAUUCCCAAGAGAAUCUUCUGGAUCAUGCAGAAUGAUUUUCAGUAGCAUCAACAACAAAAUGCUUCAGAGGACAAUGACCCCUCUUUCUUGAGAUCUCCUUGACAAUGUCAUUAUCAUUUUCUUUGGACAAAAUUCAAAUUACAUGCCCAGGCUGUAAAAGUAUAUUCAGGAAUUUUGGGAACUUUGCUCUUGAACUCUGACUGUUGAGAAAUUGCUGUCAAACAAAUUCCUAGUAUGAAAAGCCUUGCUCUUAUUUCAGAGGAUAAGGGUAGUAUUGGUUGAUAUUAUUAGAAUCUGGUCAUUUCCCUAAUAUGUUUCAGUACUAAUACCUUGUAGAUUUGCUGAUGAAAGGUAUCCAGAUCUCUGUCCUUUAUCUUUUCUACUGCUGGUUCUCUUGAGUUUACUACUGCUGAGUAGGAUAUUCAAUAUUCUGUUGAGAGAAAUGCACAUAUAAAGAACUGGUGGAUUUCAUUUUUGAAAGAAGUCACAAUCUUCCACUAGUGUCUUGUCUAUUUAACUAAGAUAUAAUUAAGAUAUAACUAAGAUAUAAUUGUCCACAAUGACAAAGUUCUUUUGCGGUACAGCUCAGAAUUUAAUGCAGAAAGUAAAAGUUAAACUGAUGGAGGAUGUCUCUUCAGUCUGCUACAGAUACUGAGGAAGCAUUUGUGUGACUGUAAUGUGACUGUACCAUGAGAACAAACUCAGAUAUCAUUAACAAUGAAAAAGGUAGAUAGACAUUUACUCUUCAAAGUUACUGCAUUGCUUAGCUUUUAAACUGAUUACUGUAUUGCCUUAGUCAGUAAACAAGUCUUUAAAGAAAAAAAUCACUCUAAGAAAAGAAGACUGUUCAAAAUGUCAGUUAUCAGUGUGAAACUAACAGAAAUAAAAACUUUAAAUUUCCAUAAGAUCUCGUACAGUAUUCUCCAUGUACAAUAUCUUUCAGGACUUACUCUAAUUUUUAUUGGUAGGUUACUUGGGUGCUUUUUAAACAAUGUUUACCAGGUUUGCCAUUCCCAAAUUAAUGAUAAUAGUUUCUAAAAAGCUAGACAUUAUUGACACAUUGUAAUUUUAAUACAAAGUCUUCCAGAAUCUCUUCAAAAAUUCCCUGACAUGUGCCAGAAACGUUGGGAGAAAACCAAUUAUCACACUUUAAAUGCUUCACCAUAAAUAAUGUGCAUUCUUCCAAUUAAGGAUAAAUUCACUUUGCCGUGGUUCAUGAAGCUUGACAGUUUCACAAAUGCAUUUUUUAUAUUGAUUUAUAAAAAAGAUAAAGCUGUUCUGAGAAAUUGUGUGUUGAUUCUUUAAAUGUUAUGUUAUCACUGAGCCCUUUAGAACAGAUGUUAUCCUUGGAAAGUCUUUAGAGUAUUCCUGUGUUCAACAACCCAGUUUGCAUUUUCAUUCAAGAAAGUUGCUACCAGAGAAUACCACUGGAUGCAGCACAGUUAGACAACUGUCAAGAAAAAUAAAGGCUAAAUAAGUACUGUUUUAUAGAAAAAUUUCCUAUUUGUAUCCCCUUUUUCUGAACUUCUGAAGCCUUGCAGGGGUUAAUGAAGAGAAAGUGAAGUAUCCAUGGCUUGAACUAUUUUCUUGCAUGGAUGAAUGACUGUGACAUUUUCUGUGGGAUUCAGUUUAAGUAACUGAUGUAAAAAGUUUCUUUCCUUCCAUAGCUACCACUCCUCUGAGGUGGGGCAUACACUCAGGAACAGCAUUUACUCUGAGUUGAAUACAUUAAAGGGGUUUGUUUAUUUAAAUUUAUUAUUUUUUUAUUUAAAAGGAAAAAAAUUAAACCCUUCUCCAUGUUUAAAAUGCUUCUAAUGAUCUUAAAAUUAAACUUAUCCUAAGUUAAAAUUUCAAGUACAUAAUAUUUCUGAUUGCACUUGUAUGUAUGUUUCAUAAGUGACCCAUGUGUUCAGCUGUUUCAGCCUAGUUAAAAACACAUCUGGUUUUGUUGUCCUUCCUGUUUUGUAAAAAGUUAAAAUACUUUUCCAUAUGAAGAAUAGAAAAAUUUCUUAGUCAUAAAAAUCUGCCUUGUAGAUUUUUUGAGUAAAGCUAGUAUUUACUUCUUACAAAGCAAAGAAUUAUUCCUCUUUAUAAUAAGAUAAAAAAAACAGAUUACCUUUCUAUUUCAGUUGGCAAAUCAUACAACAGAAUUACUAGUUUAUGAUGGCAAAAAGUAGGGGUUCCACUGAAGUGCACAAGUUUUUGUCUGUUUUCCUUUGUCUUUCUACCUUUCUUUGUCUUGUUAGAGAUGAUGAGUAAUUGCUGGAUUUGCUGCUGCUCUUUUUUGUGAAAAGAGCACUUGAGCUUCAGAUUUUCCAAACAAGAAACUUCUUCUGGUGCUUUAUUUCAGUCUCUCUAGUGAAAGAAGUUUAUUUUGAUUUUUUUUAAAGUAAUCAGUGUAUGCUUUCAUGAUUAGUCAAAUGCAAAUCUUUAAAAGUUACACACUUUUUGGCUUUCUUUUGUUUUGUGGGGGAUUUUUGUAAGUUGACGUAAAAAAUUUCAUUAACCUUUUGUUUUAUGUCAAAACCCAUGAGGUUUCACAUGGACCCAGGAGGACAAUGGACAGUGACCCUGGAGGAAGUGAUUCAGAUAAGAUGCAAGUCAUCCUUACAAGUGUAAACUGAUUUGAAAAGGUUUUUCUUAACUAUUUCUCAGUUAGUGAACAGCCUAUCUCCUCUGUCAGAUAUUGCUCUUUUUCUUUGUUUAAUUCAGGAAUACAGCCUUAUACAAAUUAUGAUCAAACAUUUAAAUUCCACUGAAUUUCAUUAGAAGAGUCAAUUCACAUUCUUAAUCUGCAUGCUUUCAGUAGAUUAGACCUAUAUUUAUGAACCCUUGUGUUUUAGGACCAGAGGAACAAUUAUGCUAUCUAUUGCUUCUCUACUGACAACAUUAAUCUCUUACUAUGCACUUGUCAUUAUAUCCUUUAAUCUUCAAUGAGAAUACUAAACAGCACUGGGCAAAGCACUAAAUUCUGUGGAAUAUAGUGGAAAUAACACUUUAAAAUGUUAAUAGAAAUCACUGUGUGAGACUGGAAGUUCUUUUUUGACAAAGGAUAUUGUUACCAAGAACUCUCAAAAUACCAAAAUUAUGUGAUUUAUGUCUGAAAAGGUUUUGUCUCUACCCAGAACUUGUACGCUUUGGUCGAGUCACAUAUUUUUGCUUGCUAUGUUCAAAUUACCUUUUAACAUUUAAAUUUACAUUUAAAGACAGUGUCUGUUAGCUUAGUAACAAUUCAGUCUAUGCCAGGCUACCAAAAUUAAGUUCCAGGGUCCAUAAUUAUAAGGACAUCAUCCUUUUUAUCUUUGAGUGGAAGUAUUUAAUAUAGCCCAGUGUAUGAUUACAAAUUUUACUAAGAGAAUCAGUAUUUUUAUUUGUAUUUCAUCCAAACCAAAAAUAUUUUAUCUUUCACAGGUAUCUAGGAUCCAUUAAAUACAAUUCUACAUUCAUAAACAUAAAAUAAGGAGACUUGAGUUAUGAUGUUGUUUUGUCUUUGCUACCAGGAGUUUCACGCCAGUAGUUGCUAUCCCUUCCAAAGAGCAACAGGGAAGCAGUAGGCUUCAAUCAUUGUGUUUAAAUUCAAACUCCUGACUGAGUUGCCAGAUCUGUCAAAGUUCCACUGCUGGCAAUAAAGAGAUGUCUCUGGAGGACAGUCAGGCUGCAACCUCACCUUAUGUCAGUGUUCAUUGACUCUAAGAUCGAGAUGGGUAGGAAAGCAUCCUAAUUGAAGUGUCUCAGGGAUUUCUACAAAUCUAGGCAGCUGGAAGGUUUCCUUCUUUCCUGUAGUCUUUUGCUGCCUUUCUAAGACACUGUUGACUUCACAGUCUAGUGGGACAGUUCUUAGGGUCUUUAUUUUAAAAAAUUCCAUGGAUUUUCAGUCUGUCUGAAAUGACUUUUUCUUACUGAUUUGUAUUCCAAAAGCUGCCUUUAAACUCCUCUAACUAAUCCAAACUCUCCUCAACUGGAGAGGUUGGAUUUGCUUUGGUUUGGUGUCAAGAACUUAAUGUUUCUCCUUUAUCUACCUGAAGACCAUCCAAGACCUAUUUAGAUCAUGAAAGCGUGAUAUGAUUUUAAAUAUCUUUAGUCUAUAAUUAGCUUUAUAUUACCAAACUGGACAUUUGCUUUCCCAACAACAUCUGAACCUUCUAAUUCUGGUAGCAGACUGAUCUCGAAGCUCAGUCUGUGAGCUUUGAGAUAAACUACAGGAAAUAUCUUUAUUCUUAAAAUUCCCCAGUAUAUCAGCUGGCAGAUGACAAUCUGAGUUGUUACUUCAUCUUCUACCUUCUGUGCAUUUUCCUUUUCAGAUGGUUGACUAAUCUUUUUACAAAAUACAUCUGCUCUGAUCUGAGCAGAUUAGUGUUGGAUUUCAGACCACCACCUUACAUUUUUGGUGAUGUUUAAUUUCUCUUUUGUUAGAAAGUCUUAUUCAACAGAAGAAAUGAAGAUAUGCUGUGCAAUGUGAAGGGUUGUGGCCCAUUUUAGCAAUAACAAACCCAGCUAUUUUGAGUUAGGGCUUCAUUUUGUAUGAAAAGUUGCUUUUCUAUGUUGUGCAAUUUUUAGGUAGCUGCUUUGUGAAAACAUCUACUAAAAAAAUCAUUUUACAUCAGAUAUUUUUAGUGUUUCUCCACCCUUUUACUGGUCCCACUGGCAUGUCUACAAGUUCUUAAUAUGAAUGCUUACAGUAAAAACAACCUAAUUCACUACAAUAAAUCUUGGAGAAUCAAACUAGUAUCAAAUAGAUAUAUGUGCUUUGCUUCACAUUUCCUCAGUCUUUCAAGUUGUUUUGUUUUAAUCUACUGUUAGAUUAAUUCUCCAUGGCCUAGAUUUUGAGGAGUGAUUCAUAGAGAAUCAAGACUGCACUAUAAUUCUCUGUCAGGUUUUUUGUUAUCCAGUUUAUGUAAUAGUUGCAUUUUUAAAACCUUGUGGGAAGCAGGAUUUUCUAAAGAUGUGGACAUGGCUUGCAUAUACAAACAGAAAUGCCAGUUUUUUUAUGGAAAGGAAUAUACGUUGGAACAGGCUGCCCAGAGAGGUAGUGGGAGGGUCAUCAUCCCUUGAAAUGUUCAAGAAAUGACUGGAUAUGGUAUUGAGUGCCAUGGUCUAGUUGACAAGGUGAUAUUUGGUCAAAGGUCGCAUCUGAAGAUAUCAGGGGGUCUUUUCCAACAUAAAUUAUUCUGUGAUUAUGUGUGAUUCUGUAAAUGGAUCAGCUUGAUACUUGCAGUGUAACAGUAGCUAACUUCUGGAAGAAAGAAUUGUCUGCAGAGAAAAAUAAUUCUUAGGCCACUUUUAAACAUUCACUUUUUCUGCAGAAAGUUAAAUG